AUGCUGACUCCAGCGAUUGUCAACAUCGUUUCCUUCUUCUAUCCCAUAGGGAAUACACCUGCCGUGUGUCUGACACAGGACCUUCCACAGGAUAAGAAAGCUGACAUUCUCCUUCUUGGAUGCGGAGAUGUCCGCAAUAUCCUCUUCACGACUUACUGCAAUAGUAAUCUUGGUCAAUAUCUAGCCCGUAACGUCCUGUUGUUUACCCUGCUCCUGGAUGACAUCAAGGGCUUGAAUCAUAGCGCCAUCUGGAAUGCCUACUACCACAUAUUUCUCGAUGCUAAAUCUCUCGAACUUGCCCACCUUCAAUCAAAGAAGCUGCAUGUGCUUGCAACUUCAAUACAGACUUGGCAUGGCGGUGAAUAUGGCAAACUUCUUAGAUUCUGCGACAAUGAGACACUCAACAAGAUCCGUGAGAUCUGGGGCGGCUACUCCGUCUUGGAUUUGAGCGAAGAUGAGAUGAAGAGUUACAACAAGCGAUUCAAGUCAGAUCUGGAGAGAUCCCUUAGCAUGAGGAAAGACUUGCGGGAGAUGGGCCUUAAUCUCACGGUUCUCCGAUCCGCCGCUCCUGCACCUCCCUUCGCCCUUGAUAAUGUCACCGAUCUUUAUAGAUAUUACCGGGACCAUGGCGUUACAGAUCAUGAUCCUGCCAAGUUGUCGAAAGCUUCAUAUCCAAAUCCUAUGUUCGCCUCUGUGGUGACGGACUCGGACCCAAUGAUGCUUCAUUACGGCACCGAUCCGCUUCUUGGCUUUCAUCUUGCGACAGCCUACGUACCCUUAUCUCCAGGUUCGCCUUUCUGUCCGCAAUCGCCAAAAACCUCCCACCUACACAAGGCUGUAGAAGCAGCGCGUCUCCAGUUCCGGACGUGGUCUAUAUCAUUUUGCAAACGCGCUCAACAAAAUCUCGUUAUACGCUUCUGUACUGCGGAUGCACUUGCAUUUUGCAAUACUUUGGAGUAUAAAUUGACCACUAAAGAGGCCAUAUCUGCAAAUAUGUACCGUGGCCCAUACGGAUUUGAGCCACUUGUUUUAGACGGCGUGGACUAUGCUUCCGAUGGUAAAGCGCCGUUUUCAUUUGAUGUAAUCGAUUCUUCGAACAUCAUUGAUCACAUUGGAGCUAUCAAUGUUCUGGUGGCCACCUCACCAUUGCUUAAGAAUAGCUUCUCAGCCACCCUUUACACGGAGUCGCUAUUGAAGCGAGAGGAGAAUCACAAGGCAUCAAUGAGUAAACUUCUUUGUGGUCACUUGCCCACUAUCUCAACUUUGCUCAAGCUAUUUCCUAUGGAAUACUGGACCAAUGCCACUGCGGUAUCAACUAGUCAUGAAGGCCUCUUAGACACAUCGUUGGCCACGACGCAAGGCUCUGGAGACAAUGGCUCGAGACAACUGCAAUUGCAUAAUAGAUUGAUUUGGAAACGACCAAUUUCGGUCGCCAAUGGACAGACAUCAAUAACGACAAGACAAGAAGUCCAUUUCGACGAACAGGAUUUGGCCCAUAUUCUCUACCAAGUCUACCAAGAAAUGUUCCAGCACGAGAAUCUCACGAGACUCUUUUCUAAAAUUGACGUCCAAACAAUAAGCAAAAGUUCCCUUCCAUGUUACCAUCGAGGGAGUCUAGUGGCAUUUCUUCGUCUGGUCAAGAGGACAGCAGUGGUCAAUUGGGCUAAGAUGAUGGAGAAAUUCCUGGACUUAUUUGAAAAUGAUUCUUCUCUCAUGAUGGGAAGCAACUACUUUCAGGAGUUCUAUCUCCAGCUUCAUAUUCAUGGAGUUUAUUCAGUGCCCACAUUGGAACCAUCUUACAACCGCCUCACGAAACUGCAGCCUUCAGGAGGCUUGAGAGCGUGGAAGGAUAUUCCAGAAGUUCUGUGCAUUACGUUGAAGGUACCAAGAUCUAAGCUUGGAGUAAUUACCAAGCUGCCUGUCUCACAAGUUGGCACACCUAUUCUUCAUUGCGUCUUACGGUCUUCUCCAACUUUCUCUCCUCAGGCCCAAAAUAUCUUUGCAAUUUUGCAACUCUCGUUUGGAGAAAUUACCACUUCGGGUCCGAGAAAUACUGACGCCUUCAAAGUUCAUGUCGCCGAAGACCGCAGGGGUUGGGCUGGAAGCUCCCCUCUAAUUGCGUCGUUUUAUGUUCCAACCUGGUUCCUUCUGCUCGAACCAGAGAAGGGACUCAUAAUCCUCGGCAUACAAACUACACCGCAAAGCUUCAUGACUUUCCAUAAAGCUCUUGGACCUGAGAUGAGCAUUUACAAGACGACGUUGGGUAAUCGAGAUGAUGUUUACAUUACGAAGCAUCCACCCAACCAGUCAAACUAUCCAUCCGUACCCCGGAUCGCCCCCGCCGAUACAAAGAUCAUUGAUACCCUGAACAAUUCCAGUUGUGCCACCGUCACCGCACAGGUUGAUCGCAAGAAUGCGCAAAUGUUGGGAUUUACUGGCCGCAUCGAUUUUCUCUCAGGAGCUACAAAGUCCAUUUUGGGGAAUGAAGCCGCAGUCAAGACUCUCCAGAUUUCACCUUGCACCGUUGAUGUGGUCGUCGGUUCCGGUUUUAGCAACUCCUACAGACUUUACUUUCCAGCCCCGGUUCUACACUCGAGGAGAAAAACCCGAAUCGCGCGCAAAUCUUCGUAUGUGGAAGUUGUAGUUCCUAUUGCUACUCUUUCCCGGGGUGAAGGAUUUCCACAUUUCAUGUAUCCGCUAUUCCUAGAAGACCAUAUCCCCGUGGUCUGGAACAUGCCUCACUUGGACCUUCAAUGCCUUCCUGCAAUUGAUAUGACGAAAACCAAGGAGUUGGAGUGGCUCGUCACACAUACGUCUUUUCAAUUUUCCAGUCGAGAGAGGGUUUCAAGAGAGAGCUCAAGUGGCAAUGACCCCAACGAUGUCCGGCUCAACUUCAAGGACUCUUUGUUUUCCAUAUUCAUGUACUUCACUGGCCUUCAAGGUAGUGGUACAAAGCGCAAGAUUUUCGGGAUCGACCAUCCCACUAGAGGCGUGCAUAUCAUGGUCUUCGUUUCUUCUCUCCGACUGGAUUUAGCAAACCACACAGUAGUGCUCGACGCCGCCGUUCUACCGUUGAGCGAUCGACUGGUACCGCAGAUCCGCCCCUUCCUAGCCGCAAUUUCAGGGCUGGGACUUUGCAUGAUCAAGGUAAACGACGACGAGUUUAAGCUCUGGAAAGAAAUGCUUCCCGCCUGGGUCGAGCGCUGCCGGGAAUGGAAGCAUAAAUCAUCCUGCGAAUAUAAGCGUAAAGAUGCCAUACCACUGAGCGUUGAAGAGGGUCAAACGCCUCUAUGUUCCUGCGGAAACGGCAUCCUGCCACCAAACUUCAUCUCUGACGUCCCGCAAUGGGACAUGGCUUCUAAACACGCUGUUCGAGCGGCUAUCUCACCGUCUUUCUCUGUCCCGUAUGUGGAAGAUGUAUUCGAUUUCAAGAAAUCAAAGGAGACGCUCAUGGCUGCGAAUCGAUGUCGCAAGUGUGGCAGGGAGAAGUCAGAGGGAGGGGGUUCUUUGUUGAGAUGUUCGAGGUGCUUAGUGACGAAGUAUUGCUCGACUGAAUGCCAGCGGGCUCAUUGGCAGGAGCAUAAAAAAGUGUGUAAGAAGUGAUCAGGGUUGGAUUUCGGGUAAAACUGCAGCAGG